GGUUGAUGUAAUUGACUCAUCACCUUCCCGAAAAAGUGGCCAUUGUGGCAAAAUUUGAAAUCAUUAUUAUUUUUAUUAUUAUUAUUAUUAUUUUAUGUUUGACUUUUGUUUUGCAUUUGUACAAGUUGGAUCCAAGUCUCACCCAGAGACCUCAAGAGACAACAAGUUAGAAGUUCAUAACUGUAUCGCCUGCACGAAGGGAAGGGCACAUCUAUGCAGCAGAGAAGCAGCAAUAAUGUUGAAACAGUUUAGAUGGUUCCACCCAAACAUAUGGGGUAUCGAUGCGGAGAGCCUGCUCAUGGAGCGAGGCUUCGAUGGAAGCUUCCUCGCUCGCCCCAGCAUGAGCAACCAAGGAGAUUUCACUCUAUCGGUGAGGUAG